AUGACAUCGUGUGCGGCUCGGAUGGCGUCAGCUACAGAAACCCCUGCGAGUUUAAAUUUGCUCAAUGCGACAACCCCAACCUGGUCCGUCGUGCCCAAUGGCACUGUGAUGGCAUACGGGUACGCCCGACGAAGGAUGAAUGCGAUCGUCAUGAUGGUACAUGUACCCGCGAGCAUAACCCCGUGUGCGGCUCGGAUGGGAAAACCUACGGCAACCCCUGCGUCUUUGAAUUUGCUCAAUGCGUACUGGGCGUGCCGGGCGUACCGGGCGUGCCAGGUGUACUGGGCGUACUGGGCGUACUGGGCGUACUGGGCGUGCCGGGCGUGUUGGGCGUACCGGUAUGUCGUCACAGUGCCCUUUAGCACGAAGGAACAGGUUGGAGUUGGCGCAUGCAGCAAUUAG